AUGAGAGAGUUCGCCAGCAAGGGUCUGUUCGACACGGAGCGAGGCCAGCUUGUUCGUCUGCACGUUGUGCGCAGAAAGAAAAUACUCGAUGAGGACUUGCUUCAAUUCGGUGAUAUUAUCAUUUUCAACAUUCGCCAUGAGGCGAUCGAUGGAACCUCGAUUCCAAUCUUUUUCGCCGAUGUAGCGGAAGCUUAUCAGAGAGGCGAACUAGUCGUUGAUCCAGACGCCAUUAGUUAUUUAGAUUAUGCUCUUUAUCAAAGUGGAUUAGACAGAUCGCCUAGUGUCGCAUACUCGAAAGAAUAUCUCGAUAGCAAGAGGUUGGCUUUAUCUCGCAUGGUUACUCGUAUACCUAGUGAUCGGCCAUGGUUAGUGAAUCCAUUUAAAAGCACACACUCCAUUCCUAUUAAUUUUCGUGUGGAUGAUAAAAUUGUAUCAACGAUGAUAGGAUGUGCUGGAGAGAUGAAUGUCACCGUUGCAAGUCUAUGUCUAGCUUGUCACUUUGCUUUCUUGGUUGAAUUGACGGACGAAUGGGUUCUUGAAGUAGUAUGUACUAUGGCCAAUCGACCACUAGAACCGGAAGCUGCCAAGAUCCUUGGCCCUUUCUUACAUUAUGUCUUAUGUAGCGUCAUUCUCGAGAAAGAAAAGAAUCCAACUUUUAUCACUCUCCUUCAACAAACCCACACAACUAUGAUGAUGUCAUUCGAUCGUUUACCCACCGAACAGAAUCCUCUUUUGAUGGACCUCACAGAAAUGCUGGCCGACAAUCAACCGCGCUCCAGUUUUCAAUUCGAUGAAAAGCUUCAAGAUAUGGUUCUCGAUCAGAAUGUUCGACUUCAUCAACUACUUGAUCCAUCGGACGGCACGCUGGCAGCUGCAUGGUGGCGCCUGGCAGUCUAUUCGCACUUUUUUUCUCUGGUCAGUUACGAUCCACAAACAGCCGAGCUCUCCUAUGUAUUCGCGUUUUCCAGUGCUGCCUAUGAACGACCGACAGCAGUACGUAUGGAAAAACAUCAGAGUCUUUUAAGCCGUUUUUUAUGGAAUUUCAAGGGCAUCCCUGAAAAAAUGCACUUUGGAAUUCUCACUUGA